UGUUGUUUGGGUGCCGUAUCCUGCAGCUGUCUCUUGCGUUUUUAUCGGAGGGAAUAUCGACCGAUUUGCGGGAACCUCGCUACAAUCUGCCAGGCAUCAAUAGCUGAGAACCAGACCUAUAGACUACGAGUUGGUUCAACUUGGGCGUUUGGAGAGAAGAUAAGAAGGCUUUUCCACCAGGAGUGCACAUCUCGGCCUUGGCAGGCAGUGCCGAGGGGCCGCAUGCAAUGUAAGAGAGACCCCGAGUGGUGGGAAGCAUUGAUGGCACCACGCAAGCAAACUAGUGGCAACAGCAGUGACAGUAGCAGCAGCAUGGGUCGAGGCAAGCGUUCCGCACACUUGGACAAGGACAGCGAGGAGUACCGCAUCCAUCGGGCACGUAAUAACCUGGCUGUCAAAAAGUCUCGUACCAAGUCCAAGCAGCGUGCCCAGGAGACACAGCAAAAGGUUGCACAACUGAGGGCAGAGAAUGAAGCACUCGUGGCUAAAAUCAAGAUCCUAAACAAGGAGCUCAGCUUUCUUAAGGACCUUUUCUUGGCUCAUGCUGGAGCCACAGGUGGUAGCCGUGGUGGUAACUGUGCAGUCCUUGAGGGUGUUGACCUAAGCUUCCUUAAUGAGGAUGACAACAUGGAAAACAAAGGAAUUGUCUCCAAGAAUGUGGGCUCCUAGUGCCAGCAGCCCCGUGUCAUCCCACUGCUUGUUUGUCGCACUGGUAUUCUGUGUAGCUUGGUGGGAGGUUAUUUCAACUUCAGUCCGAGUGUUUCGGCCAAGCUGUAAGCUUGAUGUUAAACGCGUGCUGCUCUGCGCACUGAUGCCAUCUUUUGUUGGGACAGUGGUUACUGUAAUGAGCGCUAGAUUUAAGUGGGUCGUCAGUAUUUUCUGUGCUUGCAUCCUACAGUUGGAGUGUUCACCAUUCUUCGAUUUCCUCGCUUUCUUUGAAAAAAAAAAAAAUCCCAAUUAACAGCUUGAUGCCAUAUUUAAUUUUAUGUUGCUCUAAAAAGGCAGGUUAUUAUGCCUGAUGACCCACCAUGGCGACUCAGCGGUUACAAUAUUGUGCUUCUGAGUGUGAGGUCACAGUUACAAUUCCUUGCUGCCGCAAUCUGAUUGACAUUGAUUUCAAAAAUGCUUGUGCGCUGUAGUUUUGGAGCACGUUGAAGGGCCCCGGCUGGUCGAAAUUAAUCCUGAGCCUUCCAUUGUGGGUCCUAUCAUAACCCACGGGCCACUGUGCAGUUUUUGGGAUGUUAUAAAUUCUGCCAUUUUCUUCAAAAAUUUCUAUCAAUUGUUGCUGUCAGGUUCAAAAUUUCUCAUUAUUUUAAUUAUAGAUAAAUUAAUUUUUGUCAUCUUUUGGUAGCUGCUUGAUAUAUAUAUCCUUGUGGACUUUGUCUUUGGAAUAAUAUCUUCCUGCGUUUACAAGGUGGCUGUCUGACAGUUUUUACUGGCAUAGCGCAAUACAUUUCCUGCACUGAGCAAGUGUGUUGCAUACGUGUUUUUAGCUUGUUCUUGUAUAAGUUGCAGAAGUGAAAAUAUAUUGAAGAGGUCUGCGGCUUACUGUUGUUUGCAGAAACAUCUUUGUCUUUUUGUGUAUGUUUUAUGUCCUGUAUAAAGGUAUGUAUUCACCUGCUGGCAAAAGAAGUAGCUUCUGCUGUGCAUGUGCAAUAAUAAUGUAUAUUGUGCAUAAAUUUUGCAAGUAAAUAGUAGUUCUUGGUUUCAGUGUUUCUAGCAGUUACUUGUUCUGUGUUAUAUGUACUGAGAUUUGUAAAAAAAAAAAGCUUUUUAAUAUUUUGUAGCGACUUUCAUGUGAAACAUAACCUUAUAUUGGAACUUCUCUGAAUAUUAUGUGUUCAUUAUUUAAAUCAUUUAGUGAAAUGCUAUCCAUAAACAAGAGUUUGAACAUUUAGUUUUAUAAGUUGCCCAAGCUUUAGUGGCAUGGACUGCAUUCUGGUCUAAAUUUGACUUUUGUUAAUCAGCCUGCGCAGAGCACAUGCAUGCAGCUUGCGAAAACAUUCUCAGUCAGCCAAAUACUUUUGUCCUUUUUCUCUUUUGCAUUCCUGCAACUUCUACCUUGAAAAAUUGGCUGCGUAUCUGCGUGCUCCACUGCAAAUGCCGUAUAAAGACGAUAGAGGAGGCGCAGCGUGAGAUAUGGACGCCAUCUGGCGAUACGUCGGGAAACAUGAGCUUGUGCAGAGGGUUUCCUUUCUCCAUGGCAGAGGGCAUUCGUCGGCGCGCAUGCCAUUUUCAGCGCAGCUUAAGAAACUAAGGUCUUUAGAAUUAAGUAUCUAUGUAUUUUCUAUUAAAGGAACACACCACCUAAUACUUACCUAGUGAUGUUGCGCCUCAGAUAUGCGUAAUAUUUACUUUUUUAUCGACAACAUUCCCAAGUAUGAACAGCCGUACCAGUUCAAGAUGGGUGGGCGGUAAGCAAGUGGUUCAACUUUGGCCGGGUUGCUGUAUCGGUUGACAGGCAGAAAGACAGACAGACAGACCAAAAUUUCUGCGUUUAAGUUCCCCAAGAAAGACUAUCAUCUUUAAAAGUUCCUUGUUGCUGUCAAGUUGAUGCAUUUUCAUAAGGUGUGUGCAAAUAGUUUAAAUUACUAAUACAUAUAGUAUAGUCCUUGCUAUUUUAUUUGAAGUCGAUAUCAGAAUUUCGACACAAAAAUUUGGGCUAGAUGGUGGUAACUGAACUUGAGUAUCUUAAGCGCAAAGCAACAAUCGCGGAAGGAAGAGGUACGUAAUUAGGACGGGCACUAGAAUUGUUUAUUCACAAUGUCGAAUGUUAUGUUAAAGCGUAAAUAAUGAUACAAGAGGAGAAUUUUCUGAUUGAGUUUGCCUUCGGAGAUCUGCAGUUCUUGUGCAUAUGCAUGAUUUUCUCGGUAAACACAUUUGUGCUUGUAGUUAAAUAUGCUUGUCUUGGCUUAGGCAGCCUGCGAAUUUGCUGUUUCUAUUUAGACAAAGCCAUUAAAUAUUUGACCAAUCUUGCCAUUGGCUACUUCAAGCGAGCACUAUACUGUGCUAUGUGCAUCUGGUGGCAUGCUCCUCCUUGGUGUUUCAGUGCUCACGUCACCAGGUUCAAGCAUCUCUUCUUUGUUUUCAAUUUACAAGCUUCUCACUUGAGAUCAAAUCCAGUUAAUGAUGGCAUUAGCUGCAUUGCAUUUUGUUAGCAAACAAAUUUGCAGAACCUUUACAUUUCAUCUUUUCGAGAAAUUGGACACAUUCAAUUUGAUAUCGGAAGCUUGUUUUCCAUGAGUAUUUGUGUUCAUAUAGAAAUUGCACUUUGAACACUCCUAGUUUUCAUAACUGCAAGGACCAUAUUAUUGCAUUGCUCUAACAUCAUUCUGAAGCAAGGUGUGCUGGGCGUGAAGUAUUACUAUCUAUGCCAAUAUUUAUACAAGCUAUGCAAGAAUAUUCUGGUGUGUGUUAUGUAAAGGACCAUUGCUCGUUAGAAGCUCUUGUUACAUUAUUGUUUUGGCACAGUUUUAAUUUUGAGCGUGGGGUUGAUGUGCAAAAGAUUUGUAAAAUUUUAUUACCCUUUAUGAGUGCUAAUAUGUAGUUGGGUGUUUCUGUUAUCAGGACUAUAUUCUUUUUUGCAUGGUCUAAACAAUCCGCUUGCAUCUAUGUAAAGUGUUAUGGAGUGUUCUCACGUUAUAAAGCUUUAAGUAGCUAUGUUCAUUAUGCAGUUGUGCCUUUGUCUACCUCCUCUUAGUUUAAUUUUAUUUUUCUCGUAACAUCAACAUAAGUGACCUAUUUCAUGCUGCAGCAUGCUUUCAAGUUUGCUGUUUAUGCAGCAGGACAUUCUUGAUGUCUUUUACACGCUUGUACGAACAUUCCGAGAAAAAUGUUUUGGGAGAUGCAACUGCUAUGACUUUUACUGGUUGUAGUGCAAGAUGUGGUUCAUUGUUAUAUGUGCAAGGCUGAAACACUUGGACAUUGUAGAAUUUACAUAUGUGGACAUUAGCAAGCUUCUCUCCAUUUUAUUGUUUGUCAAGUUCUUGUGACACCGUGUUAUUGCCGCUGGCAGGCUGAAUCUGAGCAGGGUUACAUCUUUUUCACUCAACGUGCUGCUGUAUUUAUUUUCUGCAAUAUGGACAUUCAGUCAUUAGGAGCUUCUACUCAAACUAUAACAUUGUUUUUACUUGUAUCAGCUGCUAAAGUACCAAGAAAUGUUUACCAACCUGCCUGAAAGUUUUACCAGUGUGAUCCUUUUGGUAGUAUGUGUCAUUCUGGGAAAUUCAUUUUCAGAAGAAAUUAAAGUGCAUAAAACUUGGAA